GCGCACAGUCGCUUUCCGGUAUUGUGUACAUGGCGGCAUAAACAAACGCACGGAUAGUAGAUUAAGUGGUGCAAAAGCUGCAGUCGUCUAAGGAUAUCCAUUUAUCUUCUUGAUGGUAAUGAUAGCACUUCAUGAUGAGAUUUCUUAUAAGCCUCAAGGCUCUACUAUAGGACUCUCCAUGGAGAAAAGACUAGGUUAUAGUAAGAAUUGGAAUGACUUUUCUGGUAUUCUUUCUGCUCUUCCUUCAUCACUUUCAGUCAGGCAGGAAACAGAAGAUGAGAAAUUGUUGAAGCAGAAGAUGCAGAAGUUGGCUGGUCUGGAUCGAAAAUCUGACAAAAUCAGGGAUGUAGAUGAAGAUGGAGAACCUUCAAGUAGAGCACCAGCACCAUCCAGAGUUCAGACCAAACUUGGUAACAUUAAACCAGAUCCUUUGCUAGCUAUUACACCAGAAAAAGGAAAUGCAUUAAUAUCUUGUGCUGGCAAUGAGGACCACACACAAGACAACACUGAAGAAGAAAGUGGAAGGAAAGAAUUGUUGGAAGCAGCUAAAAGAAAACCUCGCGUGAGAUUUGCACCUGGAACUCGAACCUCACCCCCAUCUAAAGAUUCCUCCAGUCAAGAUCAUAUGAGCAGCGACAGUACCUGUAAGCAUGAUCUUGAUGAUAGGAUUGAUUCGAAAAGUGAGUUUGUCCAGGAUAAACCUUACCAUCCUGCUCAGUAUGCAGACAGUAAUAAGGAAAAUGACAUUGUUAAUAAAUCUCUUUCAUCUCAGACAUGUCAAAGAUAUUCAGCUCAAGUCAGAGGGGACGAUGGAGCUUAUGCACUGUCUGGCCAGGCUGACUUCAAAAUUGAUGGCAUGGAAGAUGCUGUCGAUGCUAAGAAAUCAGUUCAUGCCAAAGUAUUCAGGCAUACAUGUAGUACUGUUCAUAGCUCUAAGGAGGAUGAACAAACUGCUUUUGAUUUAGAAGUAAAGGAGUUUCUGGAAGGUACAUCUAAAGUAAAGGGACAGUAUCAAGGGAAAGGAUGUGUUAGAGGAAAUAGUGCAUCGCCUAUUGAAAUACUGGAGUCUUGUAUCUCUGACAGGAGUUCAUCACCACAGACAUUAACAUACAGCAGAACACCCAGAAGCCAAAGUAAAUCCCCUGAUCGAUGCACACCUGCAGUCCAAGGAGGCUCAGAAUUCAUUGUAUCCAGAGGGCAUGAUCGGCCACAAAAGAAUAUUUCAGUUGUCCGGGAAGCACCUUACCGUCCACCUGUCCGUGACUACAUGUAUCCAUUUGACAGCAGUAAUGGAAAAAAAGAAUACCAGUAUGAUUCAACACUUGAAAAUCCACUAGCCAAACCUGAGUUUAACUCUGCUCUGAAGAUAAGUGAAAAUUUGAAAAGUGUUAAGAAUAAGCAAAUAAACACCUGGGGGGAAGUUUCUAAAAGACUGAAAAAAAAGAAACACGAAAUCCAGGAAAAGGCAUCAUCACGUGUUAAUGUUCAAUCAACAUCAGGGCUCUUCUCAGAGCUUGUGGACAUUGAGGUACCACUACAUGAUAUUACUCCUUACUGUGGAAAGGGAGAAAACUUUGCGUGCUAUGAUUACAAAAACAGCACCUGCAAAGGCACAGCAGGUGAGAGAACCUGACAUUAUGGAGUUCUAUUCCUCUGACUUUCAGCAAGAACUUGCCUGACCUGACAUUGACUGGCAUUGAUCCAGUAACAGAAAGUCUUAGUACUGCCAACCCCAUUCUGGCUUUUGACCUUUACAGACAUAAUAGAGUCUGGGAAGGCCUUGCUGAUAACUGAUGCUAUUUGUUGCUUUAUUUAUUUAAAUUUUCACUGUAAUUACCUGACUUGAUAGCUACUGGCAGAUGAUUAUUGCUUUUUUGAUAUUGUCAUAGUAAAAUAUAUUUGUUCUUUAUAUUCAUAAUCUGCCAUAUUCUGAUAUGUUGACACUGAUGAAUUAUAAAAUUAAAAAAUAACAAAACUUUGCUUUUGUGAUUAUAAACAAGGUUGAAUUAUUUUUGAUAUUUUAAAGCUGUUAUUGAAAGCCUUUGUAAAAACAGAUCUGUGACACUAGGAGAAAAGAAGAUCAAGAUUUUGUACAUGUAAAUAUGACAAAAAGAAGGUAUGCUUUGUAUGUAAAGAGAGGAUGUGGAGAAAGGGUGCAGUCUUUUGAAGACUUACUGUUUUAAGAGUUAACAUUUCAUUCAAGAUUUUAUUAAUGUGAGUCAGGUUCCUCCUCUCUACCUUGGUAUAUAUUAAUGCAGGCAGUAAAGAAUCUGUGACUUAUCAUUGCAGUCUUCUCAUGCCAGGAUGUCCAAAAUUAUUUUAUGCAUAGUCUACAUAUCUACCAACACAUUAUAUGUAGCAUAUAGCCUGUUACUUAAGUUUGAAAGAUGACUUCAAGUUUUGGCAGAAAAUGAUGAUAAACAGAAUAAAAAGGAUGAUACAUAAUAAAAAGAGAGAAUCAUUUACGUUUGCAACCACAAUGUCAAGAUUGGUGAUUUUAUCUGAAAAAACAAAUGUUUUGAAAACUGAGCACACAAAGUCUGCAAGAUUAAAAUUUUAGACAAGAAA